AAAUGAAAACGAGCGUGCGAACGUAGGUAAAAGUCGUCCUCUGCAGCGGCGACCGACGGCUUUUCCAAUUUCCUCAGUCCACCUCUCAACGAACCAUAAUCAAGCCUCUCUCUCUCUCUCUCUCUCUCUCUCUCUCUCUCUACGUUCUAGGGCAUUCGAUCGCUUCGUGAAUCCCUGCGAUCCUUCAUUUCAAGAUCUCUCCAUCUCCCCCUUUCGGAUCUGAGAAAGAAAAAAGAGCAAAACCCGCUCCGAUCGAGGAUCUCCGUCCACCACAUCGGUCCACCUUCGAUCCGACGCUGGAUCUGAGGAGAUGGCCUUGUCUGGAAUGAGGGGUCUCUCCGUUUUCAUCAGCGAUGUCCGCAACUGCCAGAAUAAGGAGCAGGAGAGGCUCCGCGUCGACAAAGAGCUCGGUAACAUCAGGACCCGAUUCAAGAACGAGAAGGGUUUGACUCCUUAUGAGAAGAAGAAAUAUGUUUGGAAAAUGCUUUACAUCUAUAUGCUCGGUUAUGAUGUAGAUUUUGGUCAUAUGGAGGCAGUUUCGUUAAUAUCUGCACCAAAGUAUCCAGAGAAACAGGUGGGCUACAUAGUUACAUCAUGCUUACUUAAUGAGAACCAUGACUUUCUGAGAUUGGUCAUAAACACCGUCCGCAAUGACAUCAUCGGGCGCAAUGAGACAUUCCAAUGCUUGGCACUGACUAUGGUAGGAAACAUUGGUGGGAGAGAGUUUGCUGAAUCAUUAGCACCCGAUGUUCAAAAGUUACUUAUUUCCAGUAGCUGCAGACCACUUGUGAGAAAAAAGGCUGCAUUAUGUCUUCUGCGGUUGUAUAGGAAGAAUCCUGAUGUUGUCAAUGUAGAUGGCUGGUCAGAUCGCAUGACACAGCUUCUAGAUGAGCGUGAUAUGGGGGUUUUGACAUCUGUUAUGAGCCUUCUAGUUGCUUUAGUUUCAAAUAACCAUGAAGCAUAUUGGAGUUGUCUUCCAAAGUGUGUUAAAAUUUUAGAGAGGCUUGCUAGGAACCAGGAUGUUCCACAAGAAUACACCUACUACGGGAUCCCAUCACCAUGGCUUCAGGUCAAGACAAUGAGGGCUCUCCAGUAUUUUCCAACAAUUGAAGAUCCAAAUACUAGAAGAUCUCUGUUUGAGGUUUUGCAACGUAUUCUGAUGGGCACUGAUGUUGUAAAAAAUGUGAAUAAAAACAAUGCAUCACAUGCCGUUCUUUUUGAAGCCCUUGCACUAGUUAUGCAUCUUGAUGCUGAAAAGGAGAUGAUGUCUCAGUGUGUAGCUUUGCUUGGGAAAUUUAUUGCUGUACGGGAACCAAAUAUUCGAUAUCUUGGCCUGGAAAAUAUGACUAGGAUGUUGAUGGUGACAGAUGUGCAGGAUAUUAUCAAGAGACACCAAGCACAGAUCAUCACUUCUUUGAAGGAUCCUGACAUCAGUAUUAGAAGGCGCGCUCUUGAUUUGCUUUAUGGCAUGUGUGAUGUUACAAAUGCCAAGGAUAUAGUUGAAGAAUUACUGCAGUAUCUCAGCACAGCAGACUUUGCAAUGCGUGAGGAAUUGGCAUUAAAAGCCGCCAUUCUAGCCGAGAAAUUUGCUCCAGAUCUUUCUUGGUAUGUUGAUGUUAUUCUUCAGUUGAUUGACAAGGCAGGCGAUUUUGUUAGUGAUGAUAUAUGGUAUCGUGUGGUCCAGUUUGUUACGAACAAUGAAGAUUUACAGCCAUAUGCAGCAAUCAAGGCAAGAGAAUAUCUUGACAAGCCUGCCUUGCAUGAAACAAUGGUCAAGGUUAGUGCUUAUCUUCUUGGAGAGUACAGCCACCUUUUGGCGAGAAGACCUGGGUGUAGUCCUAAGGAGAUCUUUACCAUUAUACAUGAGAAGCUUCCUACUGUAUCGACUGCUACUGUUUCGAUUCUUCUUUCGACAUAUGCUAAGAUCUUAAUGCACACGCAGCCCCCUGAUCCAGAAUUACAGCAUCAAAUUUGGGCAAUAUUCAACAAGUAUGAGAGUUACAUUGAUGUUGAAAUACAACAACGGGCUGUUGAGUAUUUUGCAUUAAGUAGGAAAGGUGCAGCGUUGAUGGACAUAUUGGCUGAAAUGCCCAAGUUUCCAGAGCGGCAGUCUGCAUUGCUGAAAAGAGCCGAAGAUACUGAAAUUGAUACUGCAGAGCAAAGUGCCAUCAAAUUACGGACGCAGCAACAGACAUCAAAUGCUCUUGUUGUAACUGACCAGCGGCCGGCUAAUGGUUCUGUAUCUGUUGGUCAACUUAGCCUUGUCAAGAUGCCGAGCAUAAGCGCUAAUACGGAUCUUAGUUUAGCAGACCGAGCUUUGACAGAGACAAAUGGGACAUUGAGCAAAGUAGAUCCUCAACCUGCCCCAGCACCUCCAGCAGACCUCCUUGGUGAUCUUUUGGGUCCAUUGGCUAUUGAAGGUCCUCCUGGUGCAACUGUCCCAGCUGAGCAAACUCUGAUAUCAGGAUUGGAUUCUGGUUCCAGUGCAUCGGACGCCUUAGCUCUUGCUCCUGUUGACGAGCAAUCAAACUCGGUUCAGCCAUUUGGGAAUAUUGCGGAAAGAUUUCAUGCUCUGUGCUUGAAGGAUAGUGGCGUGUUGUACGAGGACCCUUACAUUCAGAUUGGCAUAAAAGCAGAGUGGCGAGCACAACAUGGACGUCUCGUCCUUUUCUUAGGGAACAAGAAUACUUCCCCUCUUGUCUCGGUCCAAGCUUUGAUUUUGCCUCCUUCCCAUUUGAAAAUAGAGCUCUCGUUGGUACCUGAAACUAUUCCUCCAAGGGCACAGGUGCAAUGCCCACUCGAAAUUGUGAAUCUUCGCCCAAGCAGGGACGUGGCUGUUCUUGAUUUCUCAUAUAAGUUUGGAACUACAUUGGUGAAUGUCAAGCUCCGUAUUCCGGCUGUAUUAAAUAAAUUUCUGCAGCCUAUAUCAGUUUCUGGUGAAGAGUUUUUUCGCCAAUGGAGAUCUCUUGCUGGACCACCUUUGAAGCUUCAAGAAGUGGUUAGAGGUGUAAAACCGCUUUCCCUUCCAGAGAUGGCAAACUUGUUCAACAGCUUCCAGUUGAUGGUUUCUCCAGGACUUGAUCCGAAUCCAAACAAUCUGGUUGCAAGUACAACCUUCAACUCUGAGAGUACUCGGGCAAUGCUUUGCUUGAUUAGAGUUGAAACAGAUCCAUCAGACAGAACCCAGCUUCGGAUGACAGUUGCUUCUGCAGAACCAACUCUAACAUUAGAGUUGAAGGAGUUUAUCAAGGAACAAUUGGUCAGUAUCCCCACAGCUCCCAUGGCUCCAUCGGCACCUGCACCAGCACUGCCUCCGGGGCAACCAGCUGUUGCAGCUGCAGCAUUAACGGAUCCCGGUGCCAUGCUUGCUGGUUUGCUUUGAGGAAUUUGGUGAUUGAUGUGGCGUGCCGAUUUGUUUACUAUGAUUGUACCUGAGAAAGAUCCCAACCCCCUGCAGCACCGCAAUUGCUGAAGUGGAGCUGCAUGGGAGAGGAUUGUGGUACAAUGCAAGGGCUGGCGGAAUAAAGGUGAGCUCAUUGUGUGAUCGGCAUAGUAUUGGAGUGGAUUUCUUUUGUGGGGGCUUUUAGAUUCUUUCGGGGUGUAGUUUUUACCCUUUUGGUGAGGGUAUCGUUGUGUUGGGUGACCGGUCUUUUACGGUUUCGCAGGAUCAGUUUCUGUAACCUGAUAUUUGAGAAUGUAUUAGGGCAUGGGUGAAAGCACUUGUAACAACAGUUUGCAUUUGUGGGCAAUUCCAUGGUUAUAUAUUCAAUAAAGAGCGGCAGGAAGAAACAUGAACAGUUUUGGCC